CAAAGGCUUCUUUCUUUUAUUUGUGUGAAGCAGGCAACAGCUUUGGUGGCUGCACACAUGUGAGAGGAGCCACUCUGACUUUGGUAGGUGUCCUGUUACAUGCCACACAGGGGGGGGGGGGGGGGGGGGGCGAGAGCGACCACUGUUGGGCUCGAGGGAGAGUGUGCAGCUGAUUUUCCACCUGAGUGAAGAAGCCCUUGUUCUUCAACCCAAAGUUGAGUGGCAGAGUACAGACAGCGUCCGUGCAAAACUCACCACUGCCUUUUAAAAUGCAUGGCCAACAGGGAUUAGGAGCGAUGGCCGAAGCCCAUCAGGCGGUGGGCUUUCAGUUCACCGUGCGACCAGAUGGCGUGGACUUCAAACUGAGCCAGGAGGUCAUCACCAAUAUCUGCCAGGCUGGCCUGACGGUGUGGAAGAAGAGAGCCAUACAGUUCAAGAACGGCAUCUUGGCCGGCGUGUACCCGGCCAGUCCGUCCAGUUGGCUGAUUGUUGUCAUUGUCAUGAUGAGCAGCUUGUACACAGGCAUGGACCCUUCACUAGGGAUCAUGCACACCAUCAAGGAAAAUAUGCCGCUCAGAGGAUAUAUAUCAGUGCAGACCAGCGCGGUGCUGAGCGCCGUGGUGUUCGCCAGCGCCCUGUGGCUCUUCCUCAUCUACCUGCUCAGGUACACCCUCAAAGCGCUGCUCUCCUACCACGGCUGGAUCUUCGAAUCCCACGGAAAGAUGAGCACUUCCACGAAAGUGUGGCUGAGCCUGGUGAAGAUGUUUUCAGGACGCAGACCACUUCUUUACAGCUUCCAGGCAUCCUUACCACGGUUACCUGUGCCAAGGGUGGAAGACACCAUUCGCAGGUACCUGGAGUCGGUGCGCCCCCUGCUGGAUGAUAAGGAAUAUAAGCAAAUGGAGUUCUUGGCCAACAACUUUAAAUACUCUGAGGCUGCCCAGCUGCAGAGAUACUUGAAAGUCAAGUCCUGGUGGGCCACCAAUUAUGUAAGUGACUGGUGGGAGGAGUACAUUUACCUGAGAAGCAGGGGCCCAAUUAUGGUCAACAGUAACUUUUACAUUAUGGACCUGCUGUAUGUGACGCCGACCCACCGGCAGGCGGCGCGUGCAGGCAACGUGGUGCACGCCAUGUUGCAGUACAGACGCAAACUGGAGCGCGGUGAACAUGCGCCGCUGAGAGCUUUAGGGACGGUUCCCAUGUGCUCCACUCAGAUGGAGAGGAUGUUCAACACCACCCGCAUCCCUGGCAUCGAAACAGAUUUCGUGCAGCACCUGAGUGACAGGAAGCACGUGGUGGUAUACCACAAGGGUCGCUUUUUCCAAGUGUGGCUCUACACGGGAGGACGCCACCUCUUACCCAGUGAGUUGGAGACGCAAUUUAGCAGGAUCCUCAACGACACAUCCGAGCCGCAGCCCGGCGAGCUCAAAUUAGCUGCACUGACUGCAGGAAACAGGGUUCGGUGGGCUCAGGCUCGGAUGAAAUACUUCAGCCAAGGAGUGAAUAAAGCCUCCUUGGAUGCGGUGGAGUCGGCCGCUUUCUUCCUGGCCUUGGAUGAUGAGCCUCAGGGUUACGAUGCCAUGAGCAACUCUCUCGACCACUAUGCCAAAUCGCUGCUGCAUGGGAAGUGCUAUGACAGGUGGUUUGACAAAUCUUUCACCCUCAUAUCUUACCCCAAUGGCAAAAUGGGAAUCAACGCUGAACAUUCGUGGGCCGACGCGCCCAUUGUGGGACACAUGUGGGAGUACGUCAUUGCCACCGACUGCUUCCAUCUGGGCUACACAGAGGAGGGCCACUGCAAGGGAGACGUGAACAAAUGUCUUCCUCAGCCAUCUCGACUCCAGUGGCAUAUUCCCAAGGAGUGCCAAAAUGUGAUUGAGACGUCGUACCUGUCUGCUAAAAAGAUAGCCGAUGACGUGGACUUCCUCGCCUACCUGUUUAGUGCCUUUGGCAAAGGCUUGAUUAAGAAGUGCAGGACCAGCCCGGAUGCGUUCAUUCAGCUGGCCCUGCAACUGGCACAAUUUAGGGACCAGGGCGAGUUCUGUUUGACGUACGAGUCGUCCAUGACGCGCAUGUUCAGAGACGGCCGCACGGAGACGGUGCGCUCGUGUACCUCAGAGGCUGUCGCCUUCGUCAGAGCCAUGGAGGACCGACAAACAACAAACAAGCAGAGACUGGCGCUGUUUCAGAAAGCUGCGGACAAGCAUCAGAACAUGUACCGUCUGGCCAUGACCGGUUCCGGCAUCGACCGACACCUCUUCUGUCUCUACAUCGUGUCCAAGUAUUUGGGCGUGAACUCUUCUUUCCUAAAGCAGGUUCUGUCGGAACCGUGGAAGUUGUCCACCAGCCAGACUCCUCAGCAGCAGCUCAACCUGAUGGACAUCAAUAAGUUCCCCAACUAUGUCGGGGCUGGAGGUGGAUUUGGCCCAGUAGCCGAUGACGGUUAUGGCGUGUCUUACAUCAUUGUUGGGGAAAACCUCAUUACAUUCCACAUCUCCAGCAAGUUCUCCAGCCCUGACACGGACUCAUGGAGAUUUGGUCAGCACAUCAACAAAGCCAUGAUGGACAUCCAAACGCUUUUCCAGGCCUCAAACAACAAGAAGACAGCAGGCGAGUCUGUCAUGCAGCUUAACAACGACAAGAAGCAUAUGUAGCAGACUGGUGUAUGUAUGUAUGUGUGUAUGUAUGUAUGUGUGUGUGCAACUGUGCAUGUGUGUAAGAAUUGAAACAUGGAUGCAAUGAUUGGUGACGUCCUCCCUGAUGUUGCCCUAUUCAUUCCACACACCAUGAACGCUCCUGUAAGUUAUUGCUCUGUAUAUUUUGCUUUUGCGAAAUGAUACCUUGUACAGUAAUUAAAGCAUCCCUAGUGA